AUGAAGAAAUUAGAUAAUCAACUAACAAUUCAAUUAAAUAUUAAAAAUAACUUGGGGCAAAAUAUCGUUGGAAUUCUAGAAAGAAAAUCAUUGAAUGAUACCUUUGGAGCGAAACUUGGAAUUAUUUGUCAUGGGUUUUCUGAGGAAAUGGAGAGAGUGAUGGAUGAUGUUGAAGAUAUCGAUACAGUUGUAAGAUAUCUUGAAAGUGAAUUUGGAUACAAAUUAUAUGCAGCGAUUGGUCAUUCCAAAGGAUCUAAUUCCAUUUUAUUAUACGCAUGUUAUGUUAACCGUAAUAUUCCACAUAUAAUUAAUUUAUCUCCUCGUUAUUAUUUACCAGCAAUUCUAUCAAAAAUGGAAAAUUCUAAAGUGGAUUUAUUGAUGAAGCAGGGAUAUGCUUAUUGGGAGGAUAAAAGUGGAGUUGGAAUAAAAAUUACAUUAGAGGAACUUUAUUUUGACAAUUCCUUUGUUUCUAAUAUGCCGGAAACAACUACUGUGUUAACAUGUCAUGGAAUUGCAGAUGAG